AUGUCCAUUCUUGAUGUAAUAUCACAUGCCUUGCUCUGGAUUUUCAUCAAACAAUUAAUAGUGGUGUCUGCUCAGUUCGAUUUUUUCAACAGACAACAAUCAUUUCGAAAUGCUGUUAACCGUCGGACAACCACGUCUAAACCUUGUGAUCUGCAUGCUGACCCAAAUAAUAGGAGAGUAUUUCUUAUGAAUGUAAACGGGGAAAUGCGUGAGCGACCUUGCGCGUUUGGGACUCUUUACAGUCAAAGAACGUGUGAUUGUUCAGAUUAUGACCCCGACGCAAAUCUCAAUGGCCGUCGUUGUCGUGCACCACUUUACAUACCGUUCAAUACAGAGCCAAUUAAGGAUCAUGGUGGUACGAAUAUUGCGAUGGGAAACAACGGCAGAGUUAGAGUAUUUGAUAAUGUCGGGAAUUUCAAUGGUAAUGGAGCGGUUACAAUAUGGAUGUACUCUGGUAUAGAUUUUGGUGAGCACCUCGGUAUUACUUUAAAUUUCCGAGACAUAAUAACUGGAGGAAAUUCAGAGCAAGUAUUGGUUUCCAAUUGCUUUUACAACAGUAUCGGAAGCGUGGAAAUUGUCAUACAGCCCGCUAAUCAGUUGGUUGUGUUCAGAGUAACCACAGACAAACCCUCAUCGGCAGAGUUAUCGAUUCCAUAUAAGCGACAGUCGUGGACCACUGUGGCCUACACUUAUAACGGGAAUACACUUAUUGGAAAAGUUAACAACCAGGUCAAAUCAAGUAAUAUAACAGGUAAAAUCGCAGUCAGCCCUGGGAGCCUACGUAUAGGAUUGUGUAAUGGUCGAGGUUUUGUUGGAAAUAUUGACGAAUUUCGGUUAUGCCAACCCAUUUUGGCAACUCUUAACGAUAGUUGA